AUGGCACCUCGCAGAAACAACAGCUACUCGAGCAAUGGACGCAUUGUCACCGUCGGUGGUAGUGGUGGUGGUGGUUUGAAUGAAAGAUUCAGCCAACUUGAAAAAUCCAGGAAGCAAAACCCACCUGCAGAUAGCCGUAGUGGUAGCGUGUUUGCACGUAUCCGUGCCGGUAACAACAACAACAGUCGUCGUAACGAUAUUCAGAGCCGACUCAGCAAGCCUGCCAAAUCGGGUGCCAUUCGCAAGCGUGGUGGUCCCACUCCUAUGAAGGGUAUUGAACGUACUGGUCCUGCAUCUCGACGUGGUGGCAAUAGAGGUAAUGCUGCUACCACUGCUGCUGCUGCUGCUCGUGGUGGUAAGGGUGGCAAGAAUACCAAACGAGGAGGAGGAGCCAACAACAACAACAACAGCAAGCGUGGUGGUCGUGGUGGUGGUGCCAAGCGUGGUGGCAAGCGAACUCGUCUCUCUGCAACGGAUCUCGACAAGUCGUUGGAUGAUUACAUGAUGAAGGAUCCCAAGACUGCUCAAUCGAGAUUGGAUGCUGAGUUGAAUGAAUACAUGGAUGAAUCCGGUGAUAUUCUUAUGGACAUCUAA